AUGGGUGGAAACAGGGCAUUGCAGCUCAACCCUCCCAACGCUGACCUCCACAUCAGCACUCAUGCCUCGGAUUGGUUGUGGUCGGCGUUCUCCGUGUUUGGUCUGUCGCUCUUGGUGAUGGUCGGCUUGGACUUGCUGCGCGCCAGAGGCACCCGCUUGUUCCACCAACUCGCCAUCAUAAUCUUGGCUACGUUCACCCUUGGUUACUACUCAAUGGCCUCUGAUCUCGGUGCUACUCCCAUCGCCGUUGAGUUCCGCGGACGCGGUAGCUACCCUACUCGUCAGAUUUGGUAUGUCCGCUACAUCCAGUGGUUCAUCACCUUCCCCCUCCUCGUCUUGGAGGUGCUGCUUGCUACCGGCCUCUCGCUCUCGGACAUCGUGACCACCUUGUUCAUGUGCAUCGUCGUUGUCAUCAGUGGCCUCGUCGGUGCACUCGUGCACAGCACCUACAAGUGGGGUUACUUCUCCUUCGGUUGCGCUGCCCUCAUCUACGUCUGGUACUCGCUCCUUAUUCACGGUACCAGGACGGCGUUCCCGGGCGGCGGCGUCCUCCGCACUGGCUACCUCCGCUCCGCCAGCUUCCUUUCCUUCAUGCUCAUCACGUACCCGAUCUGCUGGGCGUGCUCUGAGGGUGGCAACGUCAUCUCCAAUUCCUCCGAGAUGAUCUGGUACGGCAUUCUCGACAUUAUCGCCGGCCCCGUGUUCCUGUUCUUCUACCUCUGGCAUCUCAUGGACGUCGACUACGCGACAUUCGGUUUCGCGUCGGGGAAGUACACCGACACUGAACCCGCCGCCGCUGCCCCUUCCGCCCCUGUCGGAGAAAAGUCUGCUCCGCCGGCGUAG